AUGGCCCAGCAUACCCACACCUCGAUUCAAGGUCGAGUCCCAGAUGAUACGGAACAUGAAGACACCGCAGACGAAGGUGUUACAGAUCGCGAACCGCUUCUGCACGAUGUUCAGCGCGACGAGGACGAAAACCACCCGAAACCAUGGGAAUCUUCUCGGAAAAGCCGCAUUCCCAUGAUUGUCUAUCUCAUCUUCCUCAUGGUCUCCCUGGAGUUUGAAGAAAGUGUUCAGGCUGUACCCACAGUCCGCCUCUACGAGUCAGCAAUCUGCCAACAAUACUACCAUGGCCCAGUCGAGGAGAGCAGGUGCAAAACCAGGCCAAUCCAACAGAAGCUGGCCCAGAUACGCGGGUGGCAAGGGCUUUUCGACGCCCUCCCCACCUUGAUUCUUUCUAUUCCUUUCGGAUACAUGUCUGAUAGAAAGGGCCGUCGACUGAUUUUAUUUCUGAGCGAACUCGGCGAGAUAUGCUGCUUGGGCUGGAUCCUGAUGACUUGUUUGCUCUGGGAGAAAGUCCCCAUCUAUGUCGUCUGGAUCAACUCUUUGUUCAGACUGAUAGGCGGUGGCCCGAACGUGUCAUUCGCCACUCUCCUCGCCAUGGCUGCCGAUGUCUCCACGCCGCAGACACGGAGCCGCACCUUUUACAUCGUCUUCUGUUCAAUGCUCUGCGUAGGUGCCGCAGGGCCACGCAUAGCAUCUGUUGCCCUCGAACACAGCCUCUGGCUGCCGUAUCUCUUCUGCGCCGUCGGACUAGCGGCAUCUUUUCCAGUCCUUUAUUGGAUGCCAGAGACCCUCCCUGAUACGUCUACGAAACAACCGGGCUCGUUGGAGCUUUCAAUCUCUGCGGAAGACUCUGAAACAACACUGAAAGAUAAAAUCACCUCCGUACUGCACGUCUAUCAACUCGUUCUGAAAGAUCGGAGGAUGCUGGCUGCACUUACCUGUGUAUUUCUCGCACAGUUCAGAACGGUCGGCAUCGACAUCCUCUUGCCCUAUGCUUCGUUCAAAUUUAACUGGCCUCUCUCAAAGACUGCAGUCCUCAUCACUGUCAUAUACUCCGUCAACAUCGCAGUAUUUCUGGUGAUUCUGCCGUUUGGAGCCAUCGGCUUGAAACGUAUUACUGCGCUGCCAACGACAGGUGUGGACCUACUCAUUGCCAGAUGCAGCUUAGGACUCCUUGCCAGCGGAGCUUUCGUCAUUGGCAUUGCGAAUACAGUCGGGCUGAUGUUCGUGGGCUUGUCAAUUUUUGCCGCUGGGUUCGGAGCGAGAAUAUCCAUGGUCUCUGUCAUGACAGACUUCUUCCGAAAAGACUAUCGUGCGCGGGUCUACGCGCUUCUCUCCAUUAUUGAAGAACUCACACGCCUGAUCGGCACACCGUUGAUCCAGACUGCGUGGGCGAGAGGGAUUGAAUGGGGCGGUGAUCUUCUUGGAUUUCCUUUCUGGAUUCUGGCUGUGAGUUUCAAAAGCUACCCACAUAUCACAGAGUGA